UAUAGUUAGUGAAACUAAUUACGGCUGUCUCCACUAACUAUGGAUGUCAAGUUUAUCCUCCGAGGACAACCUGGUCGCGCGCGCCGAGGCCUACCUCUCGCAGUCCGUGCUCCGCCACCCCGGCGAGGCCACCAAGGCGCUCAAGUCCUGCGAGGAGCUGCUGCCGCACGCCGAGGAGCUCGGCAUUGUCGCCCGCUGCGUGGACGCCAUCGCCGCGCGCUCGUCGGCGACGUCGCGCUCCUGGUUCGGCGACCUGGCCGUGCUCGGCCUGCACAUGUACAAGCGGGUGAUGGCGGCCAUGGCCGCGCGCAAGGACGUGAGGACGGAGGCUUUGGAGGGCUGCCUCGUGUCCUACGCCAAGGCCACCCUCCCGGGGCUGUCGAGGUCCAUGAGGUGGCGCCGCGCGUCCGCGCCGGUCUCGUCGGAGGUGGAGCAGAGAGACCUCCUGGAGGUGGUGGUCGCGAGCCUCCCCGCGAACAAGGGCUCGGGGAGCGUGGUGACCGCGAAGUUCCUGUUCGCGGUGCUGCGGACGGCGCACAUCCUGCGCGCUUCGGACGCGGCGCGCACGGCGAUUGAGCGGAAGGCCGCGACGCAGCUGGAACAGGCAACGGUGGAGGACGUGCUCAUCCCGAGCUACUCCGGCGUCGCGGAGAUGCUCUACGACGUGGACUACGUCGAGUGGGUGGUCAGGCACUUCCUGGCCGAGGAGGAGGUGGGCGAGGACGAGGCGUCGUCGUCAGCUGCAAUCACCGAGGAGGAAGCGGCGGCGAGGACGACGACGUCGCGUCCGUCGGCCGUGGCAAUGGUGCAGGUGGGCAAGCUGGUGGACAACUACCUGGCAGAGGUAGCGUCCGACGCCAACCUGGAGCCAACCAAAUUCUGCGAGCUCGCGCUGGCAAUGCCGGACCACGCCCGCAUCUACGACGAUGGCGUCUACCGCGCCGUCGACAUCUACCUCAAGGCGCAUCCGCGGCUGACGGCGGAGGAGCGGAACAGGGUGUGCGGCGUGGUGGACUGCAGGAAGCUGACGAUGGAGGCGUGCACGCACGCGGCGCAGAACGAGCGGCUCCUGCUGCGCGCGGUGCUGCAGGUGCUCUUCUUCGAGCAGCUGCAGCUCCGGCGCGCCAUCACGGGCACGCUGCUGGCGUCCACGGCUUCCCCGCGAGCGCGGCAUCCGAAUCCUCAUCCACAGCGGCCGGCGGCGGCGGUGCGUCACGCCGCUGGCCCGAGCGAGGCGUGGCGGACGACGACGGUGCAGGAGAGCCAGACGCUGCGGGUGGACAUGGACGGCAUGAGGAGCCGGGUGCAGGGCCUGGAGAGGGAGUGCUCCAGCAUGCGAAGGGCGAUCAAGAAGAUCGACGGCGGUGGCGCGGCGUCGCAAGGCAGCGGCAGCCCGGACGCGGCCGCCCCGGCGGGCUGGCGGUCGAGGUACCGGUGCAAGUUCAGCACGCAGGUGUGCGACUCGCAGGCGCGCGACGCGGUCGUGUCCAGGGCGUCUAGGAUGGGGAUGAGCCCAUGACCGACCGAACCAUGAUGGCGCCAAAUCUCCAAUCCUGUUCGAACGCGACAUGUUUCACAGUCAGAGAAGAGCUCGACAGUCGAGAUGAAAAUUGUUCCAAGAUGUCACGGCUAGCCAGACGAGAGUGAGUGAAGACCCAAGAUCGAGCGCGGCAAAAAUUUCUCACCCCUUGUCAUCUCGUUCGUACGACGCACCCGAUUCUCAAGCUCAUCUUGUCCGUCCGUUGAUAAAAGGAAAUGGCAGGGGGUUUUGUGCAAAGUUGCGUGCGCUGACCAGUCCAACCACCUGGCAGCUAAUUGGCGAGCUGUGAUUGGCCUGGGACUAAAUCAUCACAUGAGAUGCAAGUUGGGUAUGGUGGAGUC